CUUCUUGCCUCAGCUGGGCAUUUUAAAUUUCUAUCUCUUGAGCUUGAUUGGACCAAAUUCAGUAUAUUUCAAUAAAAUGUUUGGCGGCAUAUUCAACACUCUGCAGACAGCCUCGCAGCGGCUGACUAUGGCGGCCUUUUCCCAGUCGAUUCUCAGCGGGCCCCAGGCGCAGGCAGUGCGCGGGCACGCCAAGCGGUGGAAGGCGAUCGCAAAGGGCCUCUACCAGCGGCGCCAAGCUGGCAUGCGGCACUUGAACCGCAGGCUCAGCCCAGAUGCGCGGCGCGGCAAGCACGCGCCGGUGGUGUGCACCGAGUUCCAGAGGCGGCAUCUCGAUCGCCUGCUGCCGUACUAG